CCCAAGAAAACUAACAAGAAAAAGGAAAAACAGAGUUUCUGCACCGUAGUCUCUCUUCGUCUUGCUUUCCUGGUCCACUGCACUGUGUUAAUCGGAUCACAAGUGAGUUUCUUGUUGGAGGUUUAAUGGUUUUAGGGUGAAGGUCCAAACUUUAUGUUCCUUAUCUACUACGAGGUGAACUGAGUGAUUAGAGAUGAAACUGGGUGUGAACAAAAUCGGCCCUUUAGCAAUUGUAUUGUUGGUUUCUUCACUCAAAGCGAUUCAGUGGACUUAUCUUUCAUGUCGUUAGGUUCCAAUUUACAUUUUACAUGGUACAAUCUAGAAGGAUGGUACAUUCAUUUUCAUGUUUUAAUUAUAAGUUUCCUAUCAGAGACUUAUGUUCUAAUUAUAAGGCUGUGCCAACUGUGAGAAGAGAGAGAUAUGAAACCAAAGACUUGUGCCAGCCUUGUCUCUGCUAUUCUUUAUGAAAAAACAAAAGAAAACAAAAAAAGGUUAGUCCAUAAUUCAUUCAGCCUGUAAUUGCUGGAUUGGGAGAUGAACACAAGCAAUUCAUGUGCACUAUGGAUUCAAUUGGAGCUAGCAAAGGAACUAGCGAAAUUUUUUCAUGUUGCUGGCUCUGGCUCAGAGCCCCUUUAUGGUGCUUGUGAGGCAAUGUUCAAGCCUGAUAUGGAGCGAGAGGACUUGUUUGAGCCCAUAUCUGAAGCAUUGCUAUCAUCAGUAGAUCGUGAUUGUCUGAGUGAGUGGGGAUGCCAUUUCUAUGUGUUAACACCAACUGAGGUAGGAAGGACUUGUAAGGCACAAUGGACUGACCUUGCUGUAUAUGGCAAAUUCCUCGAAAUUUCUUCAAGUGGCUGCAUUUUCCCCUCUCAAGUUUACUUGACUAGAGCGGCCAUAAGCUGUUCUCAGUGAAGAUAUGCCUCUUGUUAUGUGUUAGCCAGUGGCUAGAGACAAACAGAUGGUUAGAUGAUUGAAUUUAUGUUGUCACCUGGAAUUCUGAUGCACUUCAAGUUAUACACAUUAGUAUGUUUUGAUUA